UCCCUUUAAUAGCUGAUGAUGACAUGUACAACUUAAUGUGAAGUACAACUCAGUGGGACUAGACCACUACUCAUGACGUCCCUUACUCAGCUAUCCUCCUUGUUGAGAAACCUCUCUGUCUCGAGAUGUCUCAAUGUGUCUCAAGUCCUCUCCAGAGGUGUCCACCACGCCCCACGAGACCCUAACCACGUACACAGAGGAGGAGCUAAGUUCUACCUGCCCCCAGAACCAGCCUCUAUACACCCUCCCUGUCCUAUUAGAGCUGACCCUGCCAUGGCUACUACACGUGAUGAUGUGAAACUUAUCUUCGGUCCACAAAGUAAGCUGAAGAGAACAGGAGGACGGGACCCGGAGACGGGAAUUAAGAUCUUCAGAGCUAGAGGUGGAGGUUCUGAUAAACAGGAGAGACACGUCAACAAACACCGCCUACCCGAAGACGCAGGUAGCGGUACUAUAAAGUACAGAGUGCUACAAAUACAGGAGUGUGAGGUUAACAACGCUGAUUUAGCUUUGGUAGCUGGUCCUCAUAUCACGUACAUAACCCAGCCUGAAGGGCUAAAUGUUGGGGACGUGAUUGAAGCUAGCAGAACUAAGCUCGGUAGUUUGAAUCCAGGCUGUGCUUACCCUUUAAAACUCCUUCCAGUCGGAAUAAAAGUCAACUCAGUGGAGCCAGAGCCUGGAAAAGGCUCCAGCUUUGCCAUGAACUCUGGGACAUUCUGUGAAAUAAUGAAACACACUCUAGCUCGAGACAAGACCCUUAUCCAACAUCCCUCAGGUGUAUCACAGUGGGUUGACAGUGAUUGUGUCGCGACUCUAGGCAGAGUGAAGCAGACUGCCAGAGCUGUUGAGAUACUGGGAUCAUGGAAGGCUUCAAGAGCGAAGGGUAUAAAACCAAGAGCGGACCGUCAGAGAUGUUGGAACUGGAGGAAGAGGAGAUUGCGACAUAGAAUGGAUCAGAAGUGGGCUAAGCGGUGUUUACGCUACUUAGACGACAGACCUUGGGCGGGACAAGAACACUUUGUACCUGAAACGUUUGAGAGGUUCAGGUACCACUUCGGAGACCGGAAACCGGAGUAUUUCAUCCGGAAACUAAAGCAAAAAGAUCCGGAGAUUCUGAAGCACAUUGAUAAGCGCAAGUUUGAACCGAGAGAAGAGAAGUUAUACCAGUGUUCCUACGAGGACUUCUCCGGGCAGAAGACUGAAGUAAUGUGGGCUGAGAGACAGAGGUGGAGAUACUGGAAAGUAAGAAAGGGUAUUGCUAACAAGAGAUAAAACUGCAGUAUUAACUUAGUUUAAUUAGUAGUACCUGUUCAUGUAUGAACCUCCCUAGUCCCUACUGUUCCUAUAAUAUUAAGUUAAUUUGAUUGUUUAAAGGUGAAUAUUGUGUGUAUUUUAGCCGUGGCCUGGAUAUUGUGUGUUGACUUUUAUUGCAAAUUACUGCGAGAGGGACCUAUUUAUUUUAGACUUAAAUUAUUAUUCAUGUUAUAAAAUCUGCUAAUGUUCUUUAGUUUGCCAAGAAACCCCUUUUCCAACAACCCAUAAAAUGAUAAAGUUUUGUAAUUUUCUAAUAUUUUCCAAAUAUUUUACUUGAUCGAGAAGUUAAUUUCAUUUCCUAGAGUCUGAAUUCUAAUUUCAGCCUGAUGUAGCCCAUAGCUACCUUUACAAAUUACUAAAAUCCUGGGUUAACCGUUAGAG